AGUGAGUCCAUAGUACAGGUUAAAGUCCUGUUAUUGCACUUGUUGUUCAUGUCCCCAUGUUUCUGUCCUGCAGUGAUGAACAGACUCAGUGUUGUUUCCCGUCAUUUGUCACCUGCACGCGCGGAAUUUCAGUCCUGCAGUGCGCGCGCUCCACGUGACCCUCAGGAUGUAGUGAUCGUGCACGGCUUAAGGACUCCGAUAGGGAGGGCCAAGAGAGGCUCCUUUAAGGACACGACUCCAGAUGAGCUGCUGAGUGCAGUAAUGACAGCAGUGCUGAAGGAUGUGGGACUGUCACCAGAUAAACUAGGAGACAUGUGUGUCGGUAACGUGUUACAGCCUGGUGCAGGAGCAGUGAUGGCCCGGAUUUCACAGUUCAUCAGUGGCUUUCCAGAAACGGUGCCCGUGUACACAGUGAACCGUCAAUGUUCGUCUGGACUUCAAGCUCUUUUUAACAUCGCAGGUGGGAUCAGGAACGGGUUUUAUGAUCUGGGCCUUGCGUGUGGAGUGGAGAGUAUGUCUUUGCGUUCUGUUGGAAACCCUGGAGAUCUCAGCUCCAGACUGAUGGACAGUGAGAAGGCCAGAGAGUGCCUCAUCCCCAUGGGGAUCACUUCCGAGAAUGUUGCAGAGAGAUACGGCAUCACCCGAGACAAACAGGAUUCAUUUGCUUGCAGCUCUCAGCAAAAGGCAGCUCAGGCUCAGAAACAGGGUUUAUUCGUGCAGGAGAUUGUUCCUGUGACCACCAAGUUCGUGGAUGAGAAUGGAGUCGAACGCACCAUCACGGUCACCAAGGAUGAAGGCAUCCGUCCAGGCACCACCAUGGCGGGUCUGGCCAAACUGCGACCUGCGUUCAAAGAGGAUGGCAGCACCACGGCAGGUAAUGCCAGUCAGGUGAGUGAUGGAGCAGCAGCUGUGUUGAUGGGUCGCAGGUUUGCAGUAGAAGCCCUUGGUCUUCCGGUGUUAGGAAUCCUGAGAGCCGGGGCCGUAGUGGGCGUUCCUCCGGAUGUGAUGGGCAUCGGGCCGGCCUACGCCAUCCCAGCUGCCCUGGAGAAGGCAGGUUUGACUGUCAACGAUGUCGACGUCUUUGAGAUCAACGAAGCCUUUGCCAGUCAGGCGGUUUACUGUGUAGAGAAAUUAGGCAUUCCGAUGGAGAAAGUGAACCCUAAUGGUGGUGCCAUCGCACUGGGUCACCCACUGGGCUGCACAGGAGCUCGCCAGGUCGUGACCUUGCUCAAUGAACUCAAACGCAGGGGCAGGAGGGCCUAUGGCGUGGUGUCCAUGUGCAUUGGAACUGGCAUGGGAGCUGCUGCAGUCUUCGAGUAUCCUGGACCUUAAAGAAGACUGGAGCUCGAUGAAGCACCAGGAACGUGUGGAGAAUCGUAAACAUUAAACACUAGCAUAAGAAUUAACCUCUGUCUUUCGUCAGAGUGGACCGAGACUUUAAAUAAACUAUGAUUUAAAAGUGUGUAAUUAGGUAAUUACUUAAGAAAGAAAAAUCUGAAAUGCGUUAAAAAAAAAAAAAAACAGCAAACAGGUAGAUAACAACUAACGGAAGUCUAAGACAGGAAAGCCAUCCAGAAACAAAAUUUCUUAAUGUACUGUAGCUCAAAAAUAUCUGCAUUACCACAUGACCUACAAACCUGUCUGUGUUUGCAGAGAGCUUAUUACAUGAGAUCAUUUAUGCUUGUGCCAGAAUGUUGAGAUUCACCGAAUAGACAGCACAAAAGAAACGUUACAUAUUUUAGUUUUUUUAUGAGACUGGGUUGCAGUCAAAUCAAAGAAAGCUCUGUGCAUGGGUUCUGGUGAGACAGACUUGCAUUACUUGUUGAACUAAGUAGACGAAAUUGUUUUUCAGGGAUAAAUAAAAUCCAUCUAUCCAUUCCUGCUCACUAAAUAUUUCAAAAUGUGCCUCAGGGAUAGAAAAAUCCAUCCCUCCAUCGAUUAUUCCCUCCCUUCCUCCUAUCUAAUCCUAUACGUUGCUGAUUGGCUGAUUAACUAAGACAAGUAUCCUUUGGUCAUUAUAAACCUGAAUGAUGAUUUACAAACCUUUCAGAUUGUAUUCUUUAAGGUUUUGUGUGUUUAAUGUUUGCACAUACAGUUGUAGUUUUUAUUCAAAGGCACUUACUGUAUGUCCUGAUAAUGAUGCUCUCUCUACUGUGGCUCUUCUGAGCCAAGAUAUUUACAGAGAUUAUUCAAUAAAAAGUGAUUAUUCCACAUAGAGGGUAAAUCCUAAAACAAGACUAAAAUAUUGCUGAGAUGUUACAAAUCAUCGGAGAAGCAAAUUUGCUUUGUCGUUUGUAAAAUCUUAUUUGAUUGACUAAUAGAAAAGUAAAAUUUGCAUAUUUUUCUAAUAAAUACCAAUGGAGAUAAA